GCGCGUGGCGGCAGCAGCUGUUAAAUUCACGGUCGUAGAGAAUUGCGUCACUUCCGGGUUGUUUCCGCGUGUUUUCGGCUCAAACUCAAAAAACAGAGCUCAAAAUGGACAUCAGACCGAAUCACACCAUUUACAUCAACAACAUCAACGACAAAGUGAAGAAAGAAGAGCUGAAGCGGUCCCUGUACGCUCUCUUCUCUCAGUUCGGGCAGGUCGUGGACAUCGUGGCUCUGAAGACGAUGGCGAUGAGAGGACAGGCCUUUGUCGUCUUUAAAGAACUCGCAGCAGCAACAAACGCCCUGAGACAACUGCAGGGAUUCCCCUUCUACAACAAGCCCAUGAGGAUCCAGUACGCUAAAACCGACUCUGAAAUCAUCUCCAAAAUGAAGGGAACGUACGGAGACAAAGAGAAGAAGAAAGAGAAGAAGAAGAAGGCUCAAGAGGCAGCGGCCAAUCAGAACAAGAGACCUGCCCAGAUCCCGGUCGCAGCCCACACACCUGUGCAGGUCCCGGACAACCCUCCAAACCACAUCCUGUUCCUCAGUAACCUCCCCGAGGAGACCAACGAGAUGAUGCUCUCCAUGUUAUUCAACCAGUUCCCAGGCUUUAAGGAGGUGCGCUUGGUUCCGGGGAAACACGACAUUUCAUUUGUGGAGUUCGAGAGCGACACUCAGGCCGGAGUCGCCAAAGACGCUCUGCAGGGCUUUAGGAUCACAGCCACCUGCGCCAUGAGGAUCUCCUACGCCAAGAAGUGACCCUGAACGCACCGCCGGAGACCCGACCCUGAACGCACCACCGGAGACCCGACCCUGAACGCACCACCGGAGACCCGACCCUGAACGCACCGCCGAAGACCCGACCCUGAACGCACCGCCGAAGACCCGACCCUGACCCUGAAGGCACUACCAGCUCAAACGCGUGGAGCGUCUCAGGCCUGGGACAUCUUUCAUCUUUCACAAUAAACCUGCUCAGAGCAUCAUGUUUAGUUUAGGCUUUUAUUUUGUAGGGGUCACAGGAAGUGCACAGGUUUAUUUAACACUUGUAUUUUAAAUUUUCUUUACCGUUUUUGGACGCCUUGACCUCAGAACUGUCGACGUUAAUUUGUUUUGUAAAAAUUCUGCCUUUGUGAUAAAUUAGUUUUUUU